AUGGGAUCCACCGAUUACCAAUUCGAAGGCUGGAUGGGCCUGAACAAGGAGGCUGCCCUUGGCAACAUGGUUUGGCAAACAUUUGACCCUAAGCCUUGGGAGGAGACCGACGUCGAUAUGCGAGUUACCCAUUGUGGAAUUUGUGGUUCUGAUAUGCAUACCCUGCGCAGCGGAUGGGGCGCAUCUGAUUACCCCUGCUGCGUGGGACACGAAGUCGUGGGUGUUGCUGUUCGGGUUGGCUCCAAGGCCGAGGGCAACAUCAAGGUCGGUGACCGCGUGGGUGUCGGCGCGCAAAGCGGUGCUUGUCUGAACCAGGAUGGUGACUGUGAGGCUUGUGCCACCGGCCUUGAGCAAUUCUGCAACCGAAUGGUUGGUACUUAUAACGGAACCUAUUCCAAUGGCGGCAAGUCAUAUGGAGGGUACUCUCUCUACAACCGCAGCCCAUCCCACUUCGUCGUGAAAAUUCCCGACGCCAUCCCCUCCGCCGAGGCUGCACCUAUGCUUUGUGGUGGAAUCACAACAUAUUCGCCUCUGCGACAAAACGGCUGCGGGCCAGGCAAGAAGGUUGGAAUUGUCGGCGUGGGUGGCUUGGGUCACUUCGGUAUUUUGUUCGCUAAAGCUCUUGGGGCAGACCGUGUUGUCGCGAUUUCUCGCAGGGGAGACAAGAGAGAGGAUGCGCUGAAGCUUGGAGCCGAUGCCUACAUUGCCACUGAUGAGGAUCCUGAUUGGGUUCAGCAAAACGCACAGUCGCUUGAUCUGAUUAUUUCAACGGUCUCCUCAUCGAAAAUGCCCAUUGUCGGCUACAGCCAGUUGCUUCGGUUCCGCGGUACCUUCGUUCAGCUCGGAGCCCCCGAAGAUGGCAGUCUCACUAUCCCUGCCUUUUCUCUCCUCAUGAAGGGCAUCAAGCUGGGCGGAUCAUUGAUCGGCAGUCCCGAUGAGAUUCGUGAGAUGCUUGAUCUUGCGGCUGCAAAAAAGGUGAAGCCUUGGAUUGAGGAGCGGCCGAUGAAGGAGGCCAACCAGGCAAUCCAAGAUAUGGACGCGGGCAAAGCUCGCUUCCGUUACGUGCUGGUGAACGAAUCCUGA